AACACAAGGCCCUCACAGGACCAGCCUCCUAUCUCUCCAAGAUAAGCCCACUACAUGCAUUAAACUGGUGCCUCCUAUCCUACUCCCCACUAGCUACCACCAGAAACAGGGCAACAUGGCUUCAGUCUGUGCCUCCUCUUCUGCUGUUGCCGCUGUUGCCAGUUCUCAGAAGACUGGGAAUGGACUGGGUGCAACGAAGGCAUCCUUCCUCGGAGGAACAAAAUUAAGGCAGAAGAAGUGGACAGCACCCACCGCACGCCGAGCACUUUCAGUGUCUGCUGAAGCAAUAUCUGAGAGGCCCCUCUGGUUCCCAGGCAGCACCCCUCCUCCAUGGCUUGAUGGAAGCCUCCCAGGAGAUUUUGGAUUUGACCCCCUAGGCCUUGGGUCUGACCCAGAGAGCUUAAGAUGGAACCAACAGGCAGAACUCGUGCACUGCCGAUGGGCAAUGUUGGGGGCCGCAGGAAUCUUCAUCCCUGAAUUCCUUACAAAGAUUGGCAUUCUCAACACUCCCUCAUGGUACACAGCUGGAGAGCUGGAAUACUUCACAGACACCACCACCCUUUUCGUUAUUGAGCUCAUCUUCAUUGGUUGGGCUGAGGGGAGAAGGUGGGCCGACAUCAUCAAGCCUGGGUGUGUGAACACUGAUCCCAUCUUCCCCAACAACAAGCUCACUGGGACUGAUGUAGGAUACCCAGGUGGAUUCUGGUUUGACCCACUGGGAUGGGGAAGUGGUUCCCCUGAGAAGGUCAAGGAGCUGAGGACCAAGGAGAUCAAGAAUGGAAGGCUGGCAAUGUUGGCAGUGAUGGGUGCCUGGUUCCAAGCCAUCUACACUGGCACUGGCCCAAUUGAUAACCUCUUUGCUCACCUUGCAGACCCAGGCCACGCAACUAUCUUUGCUGCUUUCACUCCAAAGUGAAGGAGGAUCAGAUGAGCAUUGUCUGUGGUCAACAUGGGGCAGAAUGAUGUAAAUCUUUUGCAGAAAUGGAAGCUGAGCUGAAGAGAGGAGAGUAAUGUCAUGGAUGCUUGUAUCAUUAAAAAUAAUGCUUGCUUUAUGCUUAAGUGUUUAAUGUAACAAGUGGAUAGUGUACAAAUAACUUUAGAAGUCUUGCAUGUGGAUUAGAACAAGUAUGAGGAUUUUAACGGCUAGAUGUACAAGAUCAAAGUGUUUCAUACUUAGGCAUCCUUAAAA